CCCGCUCCGCCGCCCGAUCAGCUCCGCGCCGCUGCUGCCGCCGCUGCCGCCGCCCAUGGUGCUGCCCGGCCCGCCCGGCAUGUCCCGCUCCGAGGAGGUGCACCGCCUCACCGAGAAUGUCUACAAGACGAUUAUGGAGCAGUUCAAUCCCAGCCUCAGGAAUUUCAUUUCUAUGGGGAAGACCUACGAAAAAGCCUUAGCAAGUAUGACAUACGCAGCAAAAGGAUACUUUGAUGCUCUGGUUAAGAUGGGAGAGUUGGCCAGUGAAAGCCAAGGAUCUAAAGAACUGGGAGAUGUGCUCUUCCAGAUGGCAGAGGUCCACCGGCAGAUCCAGAACCAGCUGGAGGAGAUGCUCAAGUCCUUCCACAACGAGCUCCUGACGCAGCUGGAGCAGAAGGUGGAGCUGGACUCCCGGUACCUGAGUGCUGCGCUGAAAAAGUACCAGACAGAGCAAAGGAGCAAAGGGGACUCACUCGACAAGUGCCAGGCAGAGCUGAAGAAGCUUCGGAAGAAGAGCCAAGGCAGCAAAAACCCCCAGAAGUACUCUGACAAGGAGCUGCAGUACAUCGAAGCCAUCAGCAACAAACAAGGUGAGCUGGAAAACUACGUCUCUGAUGGCUACAAGACAGCUCUCACAGAAGAGAGGAGACGGUUCUGCUUCCUGGUGGAAAAACAAUGUGCGGUAGCCAAGAGCGCGAUCACCUACCAUGCCAAGGGGAAGGAGAUGCUGACACAGAAGCUGCCACUGUGGCAACAGUCCUGCUCGGAUCCCAACAAGAUCCCGGACCGUGCUAUCCAACUGAUGCAGCAGAUGGCUGCCAGCAGCAAUGGCACCAUUAUGCCCAGCCCUCUGUCUACAUCCAAAUCCAACCUCAUCAUCUCUGACCCCAUCCCUGGUGCCAAACCUCUCCCUGUCCCCCCGGAGCUGGCACCUUUUGUAGGACGCAUGUCGGCGCAGGAGGCCAUGCCGGUGAUGAACGGAGUCUCAGGCCCAGACAGUGACGGGUACAACCACUGGUCUGAGAUGAAGCCAGCACAGCCCAAAUCUUUAUCUCCUCCCCAGCCUCAGAAGCAGCUGAGUGACUCUUACUCCAACACACUCCCAGUUCGCAAAAACGUGCCACCGAAAAACAGCUACGCCUCAGCUGAAAACAAGACACUGCCACGCUCCAGCUCCAUGGCCGCAGGGCUCGAGAGGAACGGCAGGACGAGGGUGCAGGCCAUUUUCUCUCAUGCUGCGGGAGAUAACAGCACCCUCCUGAGCUUCAAGGAGGGUGACCUCAUCACGCUGCUGGUGCCCGAGGCCCGGGAUGGCUGGCACUAUGGGGAGAGCGAGAAAACAAAGCUGAGGGGCUGGUUUCCUUUCUCCUACACACGGGUCCUUGACAAUGACGGCAGUGAGCGGGUCCACACGAGCCUGCAGCAAGGGAAGAGCAGCAGCACCGGCAACCUGCUGGACAAGGACGACAUCGCCAUCCCGCCACCGGACUACGGCAUGGCCUCCCAAGCCUUCCCAGCACAAGGUGCCAACACCUUCAAGCAGAGGCCAUACAGCGUGGCCGUGCCUGCCUUCUCCCAGGGUCUCGAUGACUACGGGACGAGGUCCGUCAGCAGAAACCCUUUUGCCAACGUCCAGCUGAAGCCAACGGUGACGAACGACCGCUCGGCUCCACUCAUCAGCUGAUGUGCAGCGCUGGUGCCCGCUGUGCCACGUGGCACCCGCCGCCUCCUCCUCGCCACUGCAUGUCCGCCUGCCAGGACUUCAUCUUUAGGCGGAAUUUAUUUACUCCUGCUGCUUUGGAAGCCAAAGGCUCCAGCUAGUGCCCUAGUUCUUGCUUCUCUAGACCCAGCUUAUUCCCCUUGGUGGCAGAGGGUUAAACCGCUGCCCGUAGCCUGUCCUUUGCUGCACAGUGGCAGUGUGUCCCACAGUCAGGUUUGCUUCUCGGCUUAGCAGCAGCUCACCAGGUUGGGAGAACAGCCUCAGCUGGAAAAGAGCUCCCCAGAGGUGAGCUGUGCUUCGGAGCAGCAAUGGCUUUGGGGAGACGGUCUCUGUGCUCCCCCCUGCCCGGCCGGAGGGACCCCUGGUACAGGCAGGAUAGCCAGGACACCCUGUGCAAGCCAAAGGGGUGGUGGGGGCCGUAGGCAGCUCCUGUGAGACCUCGGCUCCGAGGCUGGGAGGUGGUGGGACACUGGCACCAUAGCCCCCGCCAGGACGGGGACGGCUCCGGUCUGUGUGUAUAGUCGGGAAUUACGGUACUGCUGUAAAACAUAAGCUAGGAAAAAUGAUCCUUUUUGGGGUGAGGGCUCUGUUUAAGCGUGCCUUGGGGUGCCUGGAUGCCCAGCGGGCGAAGGGGCACCCUGCUCCCCGCAGACAGGCUCUCCCAUCCAGACCUCUUGCUUGGCUGUUUGCUCUUCCUCUAUUACUAGGGCUGCAUGAGAGAGAGAGAUAGAUGUAGAUUAAAAAAAAAGAAAUAUACAUAUAUAUACACACACUUGUUAAGCUUAUUGCAGGGAUGUGCGCCCACGAGCAAGCUGCCUCCUGGGCCGAUCCCACAGCUCCCGGCUGCUGCUCGCCCCGAGCCAGCAUGGGGUCCACAUCCUCACUAUGGAAACGGGGAGAAAAGGGUUUUCCAGGCAGGAACCGUGUCUCCUGUGGGCGAGCGGUUGAAUGCUGGGCAGAGCCCGCGGAGGUUUUGCCUUUUCCGUUGUAUUUGUUGUAUUUGCACUUUCUACUCGUGAGUGCACCGGGUGCUCUGCUGGGCACCGGGCAUGCGGGUUCUGCCAGUGGGUCUCCAUGCAGGCAGGGCUCUUGCCCACUCAGAUGUGAUGGCUCGUGGCUGCUGUGUCCCCUCCGGUGGCUCUUGCUGCAGGAAGGUGGCUGCACAGGAGCUGGUUCAGUGGUCCAUGUGCUGCUGCUUCAUCUCCCGGGGCUGGAGCAGAUGGAUGGGGACCACACGGGGCAGGAGCGAGGGGCUGGGGAGCAAGGCAGCGGGUUGGGGGGGUCACAGACCUGGAAGGGGAUGCCUGGGGUCCCCUCAGCCAUUGGCCCAGUGUUGUCCUCUUCCAGCCCCCCCAGGACCCCUGUGCAGCCCCCCCAGGCUCCAGCCAGCCCCCGGGGCUCCGCUGCACCUCCUGGCAUGGUGACACCUGCAAGAUGUAACCUGAAAUAAUUUUGUAUGAGAAAAAUAUAUAAUUUAUGAACAAUAAAAUCCCCCCCGUCCCUCCCACCCCCCCUCUCACCCCCGGUGUUCCCCUUGGCUGGAGGCAUCCGCCUGGUCCUGGAGCAUCCUUGGUCUCUAUCCCGAGCCACCCUGGUCCCAGCCCGGGGCUGAUGCGCCCGCAUGUGGGCAAUGAUCUGGGCAGGAAACGGCUUAAGAUAUUUUAAAAACUUUAUUAUUGGCCCGAUGCUAUUUGACACACAUGCUGGGAGCUGUAUGGAAAUCAGCACUGAUAAAAAAUACAGCGAUUAUGACCCGUAUUGAUAAAAUAGACAAUGUAAUAAUAGCCUUUCUAUUAAAAACAACUCUCCAAGA